UGUUAUCGAGCCAGCUAAUCAAUUAGCGAGAUCGUACACCUCGAUCUUUCGAUAUCAUGCCGGUGAUGGACCACAAACGGAAAGCAGAGGAAGGUGCUUUAGUUGCAGUUAAAAGAUCGAAGCAUCAUGAACUUGUGGCUGCAAGCAAUCAACAAAAUGCUGUCAUACAAGCGGGGCCACCUCGCCUAUCUAGCAUGACUGCUGCUAUCAUGCUAUUGACUGGCCAUGAGGGAGAGAUCUUCAGUGCUAGAUUCCAUCCUAAUGGACAGACACUGGCAUCGGGUUCAUUUGACAGGUCUAUCUUUUUAUGGAAUGUGUAUGGAGAGUGUGAGAACUAUGGAGUAUUAAAGGGCCACCAAGGUGCUAUCAUGGAGCUCCAUUAUAACACUGAUGGCAGUCAGAUUGUGUCCUGUGCAACAGAUAAGAUGGUAUGUCUAUGGGAUACAGAGACAGGAGCUAGGGUGAAGAGAAUGAGAGGACACACAUCAUUUGUCAAUUCAUGUUACUAUGCUAGGAGAGGUCCUUCAUUAGUCACCAGUGGUAGUGAUGAUGGAACCAUCAAAAUUUGGGAUACAAGAAAACGGGGCUGUGCCCAGACGUUCCAAAGUACUUACCAGGUCUUAGCUGUUUCCUUCAAUGAUACCAGCGACCAGAUUAUCUCCGGUGGUAUUGACAAUGAUAUCAAGGUGUGGGAUCUGAGAAAGAAUGGACUACUCUACAAGAUGUCUGGUCAUAGUGACUCUGUGACUGGGUUAGAACUAAGUCCUGAUGGGUCCUAUAUUGUUUCAAACUCCAUGGAUAAUACGUUACGAAUUUGGGAUGUACGACCGUUUGCUUCACCAGAAAGAUGUGUGAAGAUAUUUCAGGGACACCAACACAACUUUGAAAAGAAUUUAUUACGAUGUUCAUGGUCUCCUGAUGGUAGUAAGGUUGCAGCUGGAUCAGCAGAUCGUCAUGUCUAUGUAUGGGAUACCACAUCUAGGAGAAUCCUAUACAAGCUACCUGGCCAUGUUGGCUCUGUCAAUCAGAUUGACUUCCAUCCUCAUGAACCUAUCAUCCUCUCCUGUUCCAGUGAUAAGCAGAUCUACCUGGGGGAAAUCUUGUGAGGAUAUGAACCAAACAGAACUCUUGAUAUGGGAACUACUGUAGCAGUGGAGGCAUGACAUCAUUGAAGAAGAGCAUUAAUCUGGUUCAGAUUGUGCUUCACAUUGCUGCCUAUUAUCUCAAGCUCACUUUACUUCGCAAGGGAAAUCGUCCUGCUUCUGUAUGACAAGGAAGUUGUCAUGUUUCUUGUGAAAAUGGUGGAUUGAUUUUAUUAUUGGUUGACCAUCUUGUGCAGAAUCUGCCCUUUCAAUAGUACAUUAGCCAAAUGUAAUUUGAAAAUUUGUGAUUUAAAAUUGAGCUUCUAUAAAUGUUUUAAAUAAAGCUUCAGGUUGUUUUAGAGUGCAUGAAGAAUCAUACAUCUCUUUCAGACAGCCUUGUAGGUAUUUCGUAGGCUCAUAUUCUGAAGCCGGGCUUAAUUUUGACUCUGGUUUAAAGUAGUGGUUUAACUAUGGAUAGCCAAUUGUGACGUAAAUAUCUAACAGUAAAGGUUCAUAGUAUCAGCUCAUUUGACUCUCAAAUCAUUCUUAACUGUCAGGGAAUGAUAAAUAAGAUAAUUGUCUUUACCAUUAAAGAAUUAGGAAAGAGCACAGUGCGCAUAAGAAACACACCAUAUGAACAAAUUUUUACAUGUAUGGCUUCCCAUAAUUUAGCACAGAGUUAGACUAUGGUCUAAGUUAAACCUGAGUUCCGAAUACAGGCCAUAGAUUUUAAGUCAUUUAUGGCUUUAUGAAUGACUUGGAUGUAGUGAGGUAAUAAGGUUUUGGCCAUGAAUGUAAGCUAGAAAUUGAAAGCAGCUGGUAUUGUCUAAAUUUCUUGCUAAUGCUUAGUAAAAAAAAACCAUUUAAGACAUUGAUUAAAUUAUUUGAAAUAAGAGUCAUCAUCUGCUCUUAAAAUCACUUUUAUAUUCAUUGUUAACACAGUUGUAUAUAAAAUUUCAAAGUUUUCAGAAUAAAACAUUUUGGAAAGCUUAGUUCCAUAGAAUACAAAUAAACCAUAAAGUAAAUUCAUUAAAACUUAUCUUCUUUUUUUUGGACACAUCAAAUUCCAGACCCUUCACCCCAUAGUGAAAUUAUUGGUGUAAAAUUAAGAUGCUUCCCAUAGAUUCUAUUGUGCAUAAGGAUCUGUGUGUCAUGUAUGUGCUGAUGAAAUUGCCUUUCCCAUUGGUUUGUGCAAACUAAUGAACCAACAGACUGCCCCAGUUGGAAAUUAGUUAUUUGAGUUUUCUUUUGCUCUCCUUUUAAACCCUAUCAACAAUCAUGUUAUUGGGUGCAAUGUCUUGGGAACAUUUAUGCAUUCUCUCUAAAGGAAUGUCAUCGGGCUUUGUAUUUUAGUUCAGAAAUUUGGAGAAAAAAAAGCAUCCCUCAAAAAAAAAGGAAAAAACAACAACCAAACUUUUGUAUUUACAUAGAGUAGACUGCAGAAGUAGUCAAAUAAUUGCUUAACUAGAAUCAUUUACUUCAGACCAGACUUUGUAAAAUAUGUGUUAGUAAUGUCUUUCAAGUCAUAUAUCACCGACAUUGAAAAGAUUUCACUGCUUCCCGAAAAAUUUGACUUUGGAAGUCAUCUUUCUUAGUAUUAAUAAAAGUUCAAUUUGUCAAAGUCCAAAGUCAUGGCAGAUUCAGCUUAUACUGUACUUGAUUAAUUGUAGUUGUGCCCUGAAAUGAUGACCUUAGUAUAAAAGAAAGUUACUAUUUUUUAGAUUUGUUGGCAGGGGGUUAUACUUAUUAUUAGGAAAUAUAUGUACAUGUGUUUCACAGUAUCAUUGUUCAGAUGUAAAUAUUGUGAAUAUUUCUUGAAAAUUUGUAAUAAAA